CGACCUCACCAUCGUACAACUGCAGUGCGGUUCAAAACCACGGUCAUGUUGGAGCAGAAGUGAGGCUUGUUCCGACAUGACACCGCCAAAAUCCGGUGUGCAAUAACCGAAAAAUCCAAUCAAUUCAAUCACGAGUCUUCCACUAAACUAUGUGAAUAAUUAUCAAAAUCCGAGCCGACGAAUCCAAUAGAUCCUAGUGAAAUGAAUGGAGCGUUCAUAUCAUGAGGUUGAGGAGGCGAAAGAGGCCGGAAGAGAGCGCGUGGAGAGCCGUUCGCAGGUGCGUCGUCUUCUUCACCACCAUCUGCAUCGUGCCGGUGCUCUUGGUGCUCAUCGUCACCACCGAUAGCUACAUGAGACCGGUCAAACAGACUCCCUUUCUCAAGCCGCAGUUUGACAACGUGGAGCACCUCGAGCCCAGCCUCCACAACCUAACCGGCGUCGAAAAACGCCUCGAACGUCGCCGUUUACACUUGCAAAAAGCUUGCAAAUUACUGGGUUUAAACGUCCCCGGCAACGAUUCCCUUCAUAAACCCAACCCUUGGGAAUUCCUCGUCGACACCAAACACCAUCUCGUGUGGUGCAACGUUUUCAAAGCUGCAAGCACCUCGUGGAUGUACAACUUCAACAUUCUUGCAGGGUACUCUCCAAAUUUUCUCAAAAAGAGCAAAGUGGUGCCCCUUAGCUUGGCCCGACAGAAAUAUCCUCGUCCGUCUCUCCCGUUUUUAAAAAAAGCCUUCAAUAAUUCGGUUUCAUUUUUAAUAACACGACAUCCACUGGAGAGACUCCUUUCAGCGUACAGAGACAAGCUAAUGUUCGCUUUGCCUCACACGCACCACAGAAAAUUGGGAAACGAGAUCAUCGUUAAGUACCGAGGGAAAGUUAAGCACCAGAAAGGGUUCAAAGCCGAAAAGUGGCCCACAUUUCCUGAAUUCGUGCUUUACCUCCUCGACUGUGUCAAGCAAGGCCAGACUCUGGACAUGCACUGGACUCCCAUAACUGAAUUUUGUACACCCUGUAUGUUCAAUUUCGACAUAAUCGCGCAUACUGAAACGCUUCAAGAAGACCAACAGUACAUUAUCAAGAAGGCGCGUCUUGAAGGGUUGGUGGAACCCCAGUGGAGAAAUGCAGGCCACGGGACUACUGCUCGGCAAAUACGAAAGUACUACUCGCAAUUAUCGCGGUCGCAAAUUUUACAAUUGUAUCACAUAUACAGAUACGACUUUGAAUUGUUCAAUUACUCGUUGAAUGGCUACUUAGAGUUAGGACAACCUGACGACGAUCCGUCUACUCUACUCGCGGCCAUCACACUCAAAGAUUUCCCUCAGAGUAAAGACAAGCCGCGACUCUAUUGAGCAUUUGCAAUACAGUGAGAUUGUGAUACCUAGACAUAGGUUUGCGUUUUUAACUUGUUACCAAUUCUUGGCAUUAGCACUGUUAUAUUGUGAUAGGUAGGAUGUUACUACACCUUAAAUAUAGAUUUGCUUUAUUUUGGUACUUA